AAGUUUCCUACAGCCCGGAUUAAGCGGAUCAUGCAGGCCGACGAAGAAGUAGGCAAGGUUGCUCAGCAGACCCCUAUUGCCGUCGGAAAGGCACUGGAGCUGUUUAUGAUCCAACUGGUAACAAAGAGCGCGGACAUCGCCAAAGACAAGGGCUCCAAGAGGGUUACUGCAUCCAUGCUGAAAAACGUGGUGGAGGCAGACGAGCAAUGGGACUUCCUGCGAGACAUAGUAAGCCGUGUAGAGAAUGAGAAGGAG